AUGUCCAGGCGGGGGGAACGACCAAUAGUUGCGUCUGUCGAAGACGUUGAUGAGAACGGGAACGUGGUAGAAGGAACCGAUCGCUACGCAUCCUCAGUCGCCCCAAGCAGCCCGGCAAAGGAACAACCGAACACUGGGCGAGCGAGAAAUAAGGGCAGGAGAAGCUCCUCGUCGCCAAUCACCACCAGCGCCCUCACCGACUCCGACUCUACCGUACACCCUCAAAGGGAUUCGAAGAAGUCGAGCAAAGACCGGGACAAGUCUGUGUCCAAGAAGGCGCUCAUGGCUGCUUCACGGCCUCCGGUGAAACAUGCAAAGACGACGUCGAGCAUUCCCAAGAGGGACGAAGCAUCGUACUACGGCGUUGACCCUACUACCAUUACUCCUGCCACCUCGCGUCCCCGAGCGCAGACUUCAAGACCAUCGAGUUAUUAUGGCCCUUCGAGGCCACCCCCAGCGAAUGCCAGGUUUUAUGCAAACCAGCCGCCAACCCCCCUCAUGACCGGGUCGUUGCCGCCUCAUUCGUGGCUAGGGCCGGGCCCCCUGCCGCCGUAUCCGCCGCCCUCACCGUCCCCCGUGAUUAUGCAACAGCCACCGCCGCCGCAUCCCGAUUACUUCACGCGCCCUCCAGAAGCUCGCCCUCUGGAAGCUCGCUUUGGAUCUCUUGGAUCUGUUCGGCCACAGUCCUCUAUGGGAUUUCGUCCAUCUCGUGCCGCCAUCGAGUAUGACGACUACGAGACACCACCCGAGAGAACUCUAGCGCGGCGGCCAUCAACGACUCGCAAGGUAUCCAAGGGUGAGGCGGACAGGAAAACAAUGCCUCCCCCGCCCAGGCCUGCCUCGGCUCGCCCAACUGCCUUAGCGUUCCGUCCACCUCCAUCCACUUCCGCUAGGAGGACGGUGGGGUUUGAGGAUCGCGAUCCAGAUGAUGAUGACCCUCUUUUCCGUGACCUUUCCCCACUUGCACCUGCGAGCUACGGCUAUACACCGCCUAUGCCGUUCCGGCCACGGCCAAGUUUUGGUGCGACAGAAGCCUCGUUUGAUAUCCACGACUUCCGCACCGAAGUAGCAGGGAAAGGCCAUCGACGUCAUUCAUACUAUGGUGGCCAUUCUGCUUCUUCCGGAAGCGCAUACGAGGAGAAGGUGCGCCAAGCUACACGCUAUCAAGAUGACGUUGCCGGUGGUUCUCAGCUGCCCCUAACGGCCGAAAGUCUCCGCAAGGCGGUCAGGAAUGGCGGCAGCAGCAGGUCCACCAAGAGUUCUGGAAGCCAUGACGAGAGCAGCGAGUAUAGACAGUCGGCAACAACCCGGACGACUAGAUCGAGCGCCAACAACGACGAAGAUGUCACGAUCCGGGUAAAGGGGAGCACGGUGCUCAAGCUUGGAAAUGCAGAAUUUCAGUGCCAGGACGGGGCUGAGAUCAACAUCAGCUCGAGGGGUGGCACCGCGGAUAUCCGGGCCAGUAGCGAUCGGUCGAGCUACCUAGACCAGGACGAUCGUCGAACACGAGUAGACAUCCCAUCCGCACGAGCGCGGGCGAGUUCUCGAGCGAGAUCAUAUUCACGGAAUUUCGCAAAAUAUGACGCUGGCUCGGAUUAUGACGCUUAUGAUUAUCCUCAACCACUACCGCCGCCCUACCCUCCAUACCCUUCUGCCUACUCAUCACGACCGGAUGACGGGUACUAUGGCGGCGCGUUUUGA